AUGAGUCGGCGCCAGGCCAAUAGUCUAGCGAGUGAAAUCGAAUCCCAGUUUGUCAGGGCUCCUCCUGAAAUAAGGCUGGAUUUCCUUCGCAAGAGUAAUGAGGCCUUUGAAACGGAGUCGAACGAAUUUGUUCAAACGCUGAUGACUUUCCAAAAGGAAUUAGGCCAGAUCACUUCGACAUUCGAAAAUAACAAAAGCAAAUCUCAAGACACAGAUGAGCGAGCGGGAGAAAAUUCAUCUGAUGGCAAAGGCCUCACAAAGAGUUUGGUGGCCAAAUAUCCGGCCACGAAGGUCGUCGUGAACCCGGAAAUCAGCGAGAAGGUUCGCGUGGCAGAGGCGUCUGCAAUUUCAAAGUACCUGGAGGACAUUGAAUUUCAAAAGAAGAUGACAGACGUGAACACAACGCUCAAGUCUUACGCAAGACCGGCCACUUCCACAUCACUGAAUGGGUCUGCUUUCCGGCGUCCACCACUGAGUGCGAAAUCCGCAAAUCGGCCUGCAACUGCGAACUACACGAAUGACGGUGAAAGCUCGGAUGAUGAAGAAAUCGCCGAAGAACUGCGAGAAAUGAAGGUGAGAGAGGGUGGGUGCAAAGUCGUCCAGAUGGCCUUAUUCAUCACUUUGUCCUGCGUCGCCUGUGGCCAUGGUGCUUCGUGUCCAAUCACAGCGCUUCAACCGUCAUUGCGCGGCAUUGCGAUUUCUCGGCCUGUUUUUGCAAGCACCAGCGAGACCUUUUCCACCAAUCUAAUCGACGAUUGCACGACCCGAGGUGAUCGGGUCACUGUCGCAGAAGUUUCCUUCCGGCUCUUGGGGGUUCGAACUUGA